AUGAUUUUCUUUAUAAUUAUCGUUGUAAAGAGCAUAAUGUCAAAAAGAGGCGGAAGAGGUAGACGAGGUGGACUAGGCAGACAAGAUGGAGAACACACUACUCUUUACAACACAAGCACAUUUGCAACAAACGUGGUUAUAGAGCGAUCUCAAACAACCGAGCAACAACAUGACCCAAUUUUUGAGACCGAACAAGAACAUGAUACUGAUACUACAAGCGCAAAACGUGGAUUGACAUGUGGGAAGGGUGCACGAAAGACAAUGAAAGCAACCAAUAAGAGAUUGACAGUGAAGUUCAAUUUUAAAACAAGGCAAGUAGUAUGUGACAAUGUCUCAGCUUUCAUGUAUGAGUGUGGCUACAUUUUACGUAGCAAUUGUAGCAUGCAGUACAAAGAGUGGAGACAUGUACCAGAAGAAGCUCGGUUGCCGUUACGCCAUAGGCUAACUACACUUUUUGAAAUUGAUGUGGAGGAUGCGAAUGUUCACAAAGUUAUGAGCAGCCACAUGCCAAGGGCUUGGAGAACCUACAUAUCUCAGUUGCAUGAUUACUUUAAAGGGAUUGGAGGACCAGUAGAUCCAACAAAGGCAAAGACUACACCCCCUCCAAAUAUGGCUAGCAAAGAUGAUUGA